GCUCUCUGAGCUCCAUCUCCAGGACCAGCUGAUGAAACGACUGAGCUCGUUUCUCGACCCCAUCGGCAGCACCGCUCGACGUUUGAGGCACUAAAAAACAAGCAGAAGAUACGAUCCAAGAUUCAGCUUGUUUUGAGGCUUCCACCCCUCUGUCACUCCCUACAUCAUCACUGAUUGAAGAAAUCAGGUAGUUUUCCAAAGAUUACACCCACAAUGAAGGGAGUUCAUUCACCAAGCAAGGCCUCACAGCAGGUUCUUGCUAAGGAGGACAACCCAAGACGGAAUCAUAAAGGAAGACCCAAAAGACACUGCUGUGAUGAUUGCAAGCAAGUCUUCACCACUUCAGCAAACCUGAAGAUCCAUAAGAGAACUCACACUGGUGAUAAACCGUACAGAUGUGAGCAGUGUGGAGCAGCUUUUGCCCAAAAAAGUCACCUAAAGCGACACCAGCUUAUUCACUCUGGAGAAAAGCCUUACAGAUGUGAGCAGUGCGUAGUACGUUUUGCGCAGCAAAGUUCUCUAAUGAGUCACCAACGUAUUCACACUGGAGAAAAGCCUUACAGAUGUGAGCAGUGUGGAGUACGUUUUGCGCAGCAAAGUUCUCUAAUGAGUCACCAACGUAUUCACACUGGAGAAAAGCCUUAUAGAUGUGAUCAGUGUGGAGCGGCUUUUGCCCGGAAAAGUCACCUGAAGCAACACCAACUUAUUCACUCUGGAGAAAAGCCUUACAGCUGUGAUCAGUGUGGAGCGGCUUUUGCCCAAAAAAGUCACCUAAAGAGUCACCAACGUAUUCACACUGGAGACGAGCCUUACAGCUGUGAUCAGUGUGGAGCGGCUUUUGCCUGGAAAAGUGCCCUAAAGCAACACCAGCUUAUUCACUCUGGAGAAAAGCCUUACAGCUGUGAUCAGUGUGGAGUGGCUUUUGCUCGACAAAGUUCUCUAAAGAGUCACCAGCUUAUUCACUCUGGAUUCAAGCCUUACAGAUGUGAUCAGUGUGGAGCGGCUUUCACUCGACAAAGUUCUCUAACGAGUCACCAACGUAUUCACACUGGAGAAAAGCCUUACAGAUGUGAGCAGUGUGGAACGGCUUUUACCCAACAAGGUCCUCUAAAGCAACACCAGCGUAUUCACUCUGGAUUCAAGCCUUACAGAUGUGAUCAGUGUGGAGCGGCUUUUGCCCACCAAAGUUCUCUAACGAGUCACCAACGUAUUCACACUGGAGACAAGCCUUACAGCUGUGAGCAGUGUGGAGCGGCUUUUGCCCAAAAAAGUCACCUAAAGCAACACCAGCUUAUUCACUCUGGAGACAAGCCUUACAGCUGUGAUCAAUGUGGAGCGGCUUUUGCCCAAAAAAGUCACCUAAAGCAACACCAGCUUAUUCACUCUGGAGACAAGCCUUACAGCUGUGAUCAGUGUGGAGCGGCUUUUGCCCACCAAAGUUCUCUAACGAAGCACCUACGUAUUCAUACUGGAGAAAAGCCUUACAGCUGUGAGCAGUGUGGAGCGGCUUUUGCCCAACAAAGUUCUCUAACGAGUCACCAACGUAUUCACACUGGAGAAAAGCCUUACAGAUGUGAGCAGUGUGGAGCGGCUUUUGCCCAACAAAGUAACUUAAAGCAACACCGGCUUAUUCACUCUGGAUUCAAGCCUCACAGAUGUGAGCAGUGUGGAGCAGCUUUUGCCACAUCAAGUCUUCUAAGGCGACAUCAAAGUAUUCACACUGGAUAAAAAGUGUACAUCGCUGAUCAGUACUGAUAUCAUUUAUUUUUAAAGUUCAGUUAAAAUGCACCAGUUUAGUUAAUUUAGUUACCAGGAAACUGGACCAUAUUACACUGGUCAUGAAAUCGCUACACUGGCUUCCAGUGAGUCAAAGGAUAGAGUUUAAAAUCAUACUCAGGGCUGUACGUUUACUUUUUUGAAUGGUAGCACUGGUGCUAGCAAGUUAAAAAUUUUAGUAGCACAAAUAAAAAUUUACUAGCACACCCGGAUGGACAGUUAGUUAACCUGUUUAUUGUGAAAUCCAUGUUAUAUUCAUCAGAACUUCAUUUACAUGUUGAACAGCAAAUAAACCGGUUCAGUCCAUGCUGAUCUUAAUGAGAUCUUGUUCUUAAACUUGAGACGCAAACUGCGGCCACUCCUUUUAUAAUUUGGUCGCCUGGCACGUUUAGAUGAGGAAAGCCAAUGGACUGCAGAAUUUGUUGGGUCGAAUGUUUCUAAUGGACAUCACUCAGUGCUGAUCCGCAUGAGAUCCUCUGUGGUGGAGACAUGAACGCUGCUCCGGACAGAAUUUUUAAUUCUGUUCUGAACGGAGAAACCUCUCUCGCAUUGGGCAGAGGAUGAAAAGGGCUGGAUGGAUGAAGGGAUGAUGAUAAUAGAGUGGCUGAGCCAGGUCUAUGUAAGGUGACCUGGUGGUUUUUUCCACACAUCACCAUCGCUGCUGAUCUGUGACUUUAUGCGCGCCCAUCUCACAGACAAUGUAAAAAAAGAAGUGAAAAAUAUGAACACGGUGCUAGCUGUAAUUCCGGGAGGUCUGACGAAGGAAUUCCAGCCGCUGGACGCUGGUGUGAACCGGUGUUCUGCCAAUUUCUGCUGCUUUGCCAAAAAAUGCUACCUAAAGGUUUUCUACCUUUUGUAGAGCUACAAUUUUACUGUGAUUUACUCCCUAACCCACUUCCUUUCACCCCCAAGUGGUCCUUGUCGCUUGCCAAGCCGUCAUUGUAAAUAAGAAUGUUCUUAAUGACCUGCCUGGUUAAAUAAAGGCGAAUGACUAAAUUAAUAUCAAAUAAAGCCAUAGAAUUGUUGUUUUUUUUCUCUUUAUCGUAUAAUGUUCAAUUUCAAUUCAAUUUAUUUAUUUAUUUGAUGAGGGACAGUGCACAUCAUUAUGCGUUUUAAAAAUAAAGGCAGAUGCACCCAAAUGUAGCCUAUUGGCUAAUUCCCAUUGGCAGUCCCCCCCGGCUAGGAUAUAAAAACAGGCAAGUUAAGAGCAAUACAGUGUUCAGUUAAAAAAUACAAUAGCACAAUAAUAUAACCAAUACAACAAUAAUACAACAACCAACCACAUAACACAUUUCACAGUAUUUUACAUUCACAAAGUGUAAUGCAUUCAUGUCAUGGGUAAGUGUAUUUUGAAGGAUCAAAUACUCAACAUCCCAUAUUAUCCAUUUUACAUAGUGCAAGAAAUGAUGCAAACUUUGAAAAUCGUCUGUCCGCAUGCGCAGAACCAAAAAGUAGCAUUUCUCGGCAGGUAGCAGAAAUUGGCAGAACACCGGCCGUUCAAAGUGAAGCCUGAUUUAUGGUUCCGCGUUAAAUCGACGCAGAU